GACAGACCCUCUUCAGGUCUUGCUCGGUUUCCAUUGAAGGUUUCAUUAACAUUCAUUGUGCACACAUCAUGAUUUCCCGGUUCGCAAAGUCUUUUCUGGCGAUUGUCCUUGGCCUCUUUCUGCUGGCCACAAUAGCAUUCCUUCACCCACCUUCUCGUGCGUACAUCGACCAUGGACUGGCGACUUAUUCGGUGAAUGCGGCGUCGAACAGGAUCUACGCCCUCCUCUUUAUGAUAGCUCACGACCUUUAUCAGCUCAGGGAGGUGUCAUCAUGGUCGAAGCUGGGGAAUGAAACUGCCAAGUAGGUAAUGCGAGAUGCUGUUCAUUGCGUUCUUACACACUUACUACAGGCGGAACUCGGUCGCGCGACUUGGAAGUUGUUGUAUGUAUUCGGAUUAUUGUAUCAUGGACGUCUGCUGAACGCUGUUGCUUAUUGGUGUAAGGUAGACAUACCAUGACUCUACGGUAUCCUGAGCGCCCGUCACAGGACGAGAGAGAUGCUUUGAAUUCGUAUUUGCAUCUUACGUCGCGCCUAUACCCCUGUGGGCCGAAUGCGCAGCCGAAUUUCAAGAAUUGUUGAAGAAAUUCCCGCCACAG